AUGCAAGAUCUUUGGCUUCUAGAAUUUUGCCUGUCCUUUUAAAAUUACGCACACCUCAAGCAAUCUGAUCCAUGCUUAAUGAUCCUUUCUUAAGCCCUCCAGAGUCACGUGUCAGUCUUGGGUUUCUCAAAUGAGCCACCGAACUCUGAAAAAUCUCUACUUGCCUUUGCUUCCUUGUAUGCCAAAAGUAUUUGUUUAUUGAGACAAUUUUUGUGCUUCCUCUCGUUUGCGUGCGUGUGUAACCUACUCUUUGCAGAAGAUCAUAGAUCCAGCAGCUGCCUUGAAAAAAGUAUCUGGCAGAGGAGGAAGGCGAUCCACUGGUGCAGGUGGAGGCUGUUUGGAGAGGAAGGGAGGAUGAAGGGAGAAGUAAACUCAGUCAGUCCAGAAUCAAGAAAAGGCCCUGAUGACAUGGAGGAUGGGAGCAGAAGGGAACUGUGGGAAGGAACCUUGCAGAGGAGCCUGGGAGAGUAUUUUCCCCACUUCAGGCACUUCCGUUACCAGGAGGCUGAAGGGCCCCGAAAGGUCUGCAGCCAACUCCACCGCCUUUGCCUCCAGUGGCUGAAGCCAGAAAGGCACAGCAAGAAGGAGAUCCUGGACCUGGUGAUCCUGGACCGGUUCCUGACCAUCCUGCCCCCGAAGAUAGAGAGCUGGGUCAGGGAAUGUGGACCGGAGAGCAGUUCCCAGGCGGUGGCCCUGGCAGAAGGGUUCCUCCUGAGCCACGCAGAUGACAAGAAUCCAGACCAGGAGGUGCAGGAAAGCAUCAACUGUUGCCUCGGAGCAGCUUUUCUAGGGGAGGCCUUGAAACCAACAAUAAAAUAUUUGCCAAAUCUUUGCAGCAGAGAGAAUGCAACUUCUCUGUGGCCACAGCAGGGUCCGGUGACCUUUGAGGAGGUGUCUGUUCAUUUCACUGAGGAGGAGUGGGCUCUACUUGAUGCGGAAAAAAGAAGCCUUCACAAGGAAGUCAUGGAGGAGAAUUUUCAGAAUGUGGCCUCUCUGGAGGCUGAUGGAACCCAGCAAAAGCCUCAGGGUGAACCACAGGAAGGGGAACUGCAGAGGAGAGGCACUGGGACAAAUUGGAAGAGGGGGGAUGAAUUAUCCCAUCGACGAAUCCACACCGGAGAGAAACCAUAUAAAUGUGUGAAGUGUGGAAUGUGCUUUGAUGAAAGCUCACACCUUACUUCCCAUCGACGAAUGCAUAUAGCAGAGAAGUCCUAUAAAUAUAAAGCAUAUAUGUGCAUGGACUGUGGGAAGAGCUUUGCUUGGAAUUCAAAACUUACUGUCCAUCAACGAAUCCACACAGGGGAGAAACCACACAACUGUGUGGAGUGUGGAAAAAGCUUUGCUCAGAGAUCCUACCUUAAUUACCAUCAACGAAUCCACACAGGGGAGAAUCGGUAUAAAUGCAUGCAAUGUGGGAAGAGCUUUACUCAGAAUGCAAAACUUACUGCCCAUCAACAAAUUCACACAGGUGAGAAACCCUAUAAAUGCAUGGAAUGUGGGAAGAUGUUUGCCAGGACUUCAGAGCUUACUGUCCAUCAACGAAUCCACACAGGGGAGAAACCAUAUAAAUGCAUGGAAUGUGGGAAGAGCUUUGCUCAGAGAGGAAAACUUACUGUCCAUCAACGAAUCCACACAGGGGAGAAACCAUAUCUGUGCAUGGAAUGUGGGAAGAGCUUUGCUCAGAGAGGACAACUUACUGUUCAUCAACGAAUCCACACAGCAGAGAAACCAUAUAAAUGCAUGGAGUGUGGAAAGAGUUUUACAAACAGUGGCAACCUUACUUCCCAUCAACGAAUCCACACAGGGCAGAAACGGUAUAAAUGCAUGCAAUGUGGGAAGAGCUUUACUCAGAAUGCAGGACUUACUGCCCAUCAACAAAUUCACACAGGGGAGAAACCCUAUAAAUGCAUGGAAUGUGGGAAGAUGUUUGCCAGGACUUCAGAGCUUACUGUCCAUCAACGAAUCCACACAGGGGAGAAACCAUAUAAAUGCAUGGAAUGUGGGAAGAGCUUUGCUCAGAGAGGAAAACUUACUGUCCAUCAACGAAUCCACACAGGGGAGAAACCAUAUCUGUGCAUGGAAUGUGGGAAGAGCUUUGCUCAGAGUGGACAACUUACUGUCCAUCAACGAAUCCACACAGGGGAGAAACCAUAUCUGUGCAUGGAUUGCGGAAAGACCUUUCCCCGGCAUUCACAGCUUACUGGUCAUCAACGAAUCCACACAAGAGAAAAACCAUAUAAAUGUGUCGAGUGUGGGAAGAAUUUUUUUGACAACAGCAUACUCACUUCCCAUCAACAGAUCCACGCCAGGGAGAAGCCAUAUAAAUGUGUGGAGUGCGGGAAGAGCUUUGCUCAUAACUCCCAACUUACUGUCCAUCAACGAAUCCACACAGGGGAGUGGGAGAAAAAAUAUGAAUGCUUCAAGUGUGGAAAGGACUUUUCUCGGAAUCAAAACCUUACUGCACAUCAACGAAUCCACACAGGGGAGAAACCACAUAAAUGCAUGGAGUGUGGAAAGACCUUUGCUUGGAAUGCAGGCCUUACUCUCCAUCGACGAAUCCACACAGGGGAGAAACCAUAUAGCUGUGUAGAGUGUGGAAAAAGCUUUGCUCAGAAAUGCCACCUUAAUUACCAUCGAGGAAUCCACACAGGGGAGAAACCAUAUAAAUGCACGCAGUGUGGAAAAAGCUUUGCUCGGAAUACAGAACUUACUCGCCAUCGUCGAAUCCACACAGGGGAGAAACCAUAUAAAUGUGUGGAAUGUGGAAUGAGCUUUGAUGAAAGCUCCCACCUUAUUUCCCAUCAACAAAUGCACAUCACAGAGAAAUCAUGUAAAUAUGUAGAGUGUGGGAAGAGCUUUUCUCAGAACAGAGACCUCACUGCCCAUCAACAAAUCUACACAGGGGAGAAAUUAUACAAAUGUGUGGACUGUGGGAAGUGCUUUGCUCAGAGCUCCUGCCUUACUAUCCAUCGACGAAUCCACACAGUGGAGAAAGCAUAUACAUGCAUGAAGUGUGGAAAGAGCUUUACUAGGAAUUCACAACUUAAUGUCCAUCAACGAAUCCACAUAGAGGAGAAACCAUAUAACUGUGUGGAGUGUGGAAAAAGCUUUGCUCAGAGAUGCCACCUUAAUUACCAUCGAGGAAUCCACACAGGGGAGAAACCAUAUAAAUGCAUGCAGUGUGGAAAAAGCUUUGCUCGGAAUGCAGAACUUACUCUCCAUCGACGAAUCCACACAGGGGAGAAACCAUAUAAAUGCAUGCAGUGUGGAAAAAGCUUUACUAGGAAUUCACACCUUAAUGUCCAUCAACGAAUUCACACUGGGGAGAAACCAUAUAACUGUGUGGAGUGUGGAAAAAGCUUUGCUCAGAGAUCCCACCUUAAUUACCAUCGACGAACCCACACAGGAGAGAAACCAUAUAAAUGCACGCAGUGUGGAAAGAGCUUUGCUCAGAAUGCAGAACUUACUGUCCAUCAACGAAUCCACACAGGGGAGAAGCCAUAUAAAUGCAUAGUGUGUGGAAAGAGCUUUGCUCGGAAUGCAGAACUUACUGUCCAUCGACGAAUCCACACAGGAGAAAAGCCAUAUAAAUGUUUUGAAUGUGGAAAGAAUUUUGCUAACAACACCAUACUAACUUUCCAUCAACGAAUCCACACAGGGGAGAGACCAUAUAAAUGUGUGGAGUGUGGAAAAAGGUAUGCUUGGAGCUCGUACCUUAGUCUCCAUCAACGAAUCCACACAGGGGAAAAGCCAUAUAAAUGUGUGGAGUGUGGAAAGACAUAUGCUCGGAGCUCCUACCUUAGUGUCCAUCAACGAAUUCACACAGGGGAGAAACCAUAUAAAUGUGUCAAGUGUGGAAAGAGAUUUGCUCAGAGUGGCCACCUUACUUCCCAUCAACGAACCUGCUCAUUUAAAAAAUCAUCUUGUCACAUGUCAAAAAUUUCAGAGAGGAGAGGAGAGAAAACCUAGAAGGGCCUCUGCCAGGGUUUUUGAGGGGGUGAAAGUCAGGCAACUUUCAAGGGUGGGAGAGGGAGCGAUUUUAUAUUGGUUUUAAUUUGGAAUUGUUAAAAUUGUUUUGUAAACUGACUUAAACCAUGUGCAAGCAUGGGUGUAAAAUGCUUCACUACAUUUAUUAAAUAAGAAAUGCUGCCUCUGUGUCAACAGCUUCGGCCAUAAGUUCUAUCUUGCCAGGUGUCAUGGAGUCCAUGCAAGGGAGCAACCAUGCAUCACACUAAAAAGACAUCAACAGGGCAGAUCUUAGCAUCUAAAGUUUUUAUGCUAAAUCCGGCAUAUAUUUUAUACCUUCUGAAAUGGUUUGUUCAAUUCCCACCUAAAAUAGUUGGAAGACAGUUUAUUAUAAAAUGGGAGUGUUUUGACCUACGCUGUUAACACAUGUUAUGGAGGGGUGUUGCAGAUGUUAGGGUUAAUACAGGCCAGGUUAUGGGACAGAGAAACCUCUGGUAUCUUUAGUUGAUGAUCUCCGUCUAAAUAUAGACAGAUGCCACUUACUGCUAAAAAUAUUGAUUUAUUCAAGAACAAUUAUGAAAAGCUAUGGCAACAAAUAGACAGAGACUUAAUCAAAUGGAAUAAGUUGAAUCUCUCGUGGCUGGGAAGAACAGAAGUAAUUAAAAUGAAUGUAUUACCACGGAUUAUAUUUUUACUGCAAACAAUACCAAUAAUAAGAGACAAUAAACAAUCUGACAAGUGGCAAAGGAAGAUAUUGGACUUUGUAUUGGCAGGGAGUGAAUUGGCCCCGAGUGAAGAUGAAAGUUCUAUGUGAUGCCAAAGAAAGAGGGGGACUACAAUUACCAAAUAUAAGACUAUACCAUGAAGCAAUAUGUUUGAUGUGGCUCGGGGAAUGAAUGCUGUUAGAAAAUCCUAAACUCUUAACACUUGAAGGAUACAAGAAACUCUUUGGUUGGCAUGCGUACUUAUGGUAUGAUAAAAUCAAAGCGGACUCUAUGUUUCUGCAUCAUUACAUUAGACGAAGCCUAUACACGGUCUAGCAAAAAUAUAAAAAAUAUUUAGAUGGUAUCCUGACGUGGGUGGUGCCAUUGGAAGUUAUUGACCCGAGAACAAUUAACAACAGAGAGGAAUGUUUGCCAUAUAAGGAGGUGUUGAAAAUGGAGCAAAAUGUGAUUAAGCUUAAAACAGGAAACGAACUAUCCUCCCACUAUGGAUGGUUUCAAUACAGACAGAUUAAAGGCCUAUAUGACAUGGAUCGUUUAAAAUCGGGAUUUAAAUGGAAAAAUUCUGAAUUGGAAGAAAGUAUACUACAAGAAGGCAAGAAAAUGAUUUCUAAAGUUUACAAGAUUUUGUUAAAAUGGUAUACAGAAGACGAAACUGUUAAAGCCCAGAUGGUGAAAUGGGCUAUAAAUUGCAAUAGAGACAUAACAAUGGAGGCAUGGGAACACUUGUGGAAAAAUACAUUGAAGAUAUCGACUUGUACCAAUAUCAAAGAAAAUGUCUAUAAGAUGAUAUAUAGAUGGUACUUAACGCCGAAGAAAAUAGGAUAUGGGAACAACAAAAUGUCAGACAAGUGUUGGAAAUGUAAAAACCAUGAAGGUUCAUUAUAUCAUAUGUGGUGGACCUGUGAGGUAGCAAAGCAGUUCUGGGGAGAUAUUACAGAAGCUAUGACUGAAAUUUUACAAAUCCCAAUAAAUAAGAACCCAGAACUGCUGUUGUUAAAUUUGAAAUUAGAAGAGAUUCCCAGGCGACAAAGAACUUUAUUAUUUUAUGACAACAGUAGCAAGAAUUUUAUAUGCUCAGAAAUGGAAGAUGCAAGAAGUACCAUCUAUUGAAAAUUGGAUACAAAAAUUGCUGUACAUGGCAGAAAUUGACAAAAUGACGAGAAAGUUGAGAGAACAGAAUCCAGAAGAAUUUUUUAAUGACUGGGAGAAGUUAAAACAGUAUUUGGAAAAGAAGUGGGACGUAAAGGGAGAAUUAUGGUUGUUAUAUAACUAUUAAGCUUACAGAAAGGAAGAGAUACUGAUCUUUACAGAAGAAGAGGGGAGAUAAGUUAGAAAUAUAAUGUAAUUGAUAGUUUGAUGUUAGGUUUUGCUUAAUUCAAUAUAUAUUAUCUAUUUCAGUAGCGUAUUAAGACAGUUAAGAAUAGAAAAGGAGAUAUAAGUAGUAGGUUUAGACAGUGGAUUGGAAAACUUGGAAGUCUUAGAUUAAGAGGGGGGGAAGGGGGAGAGAAUAUGGAAAUGAGGGUUUCAAUUGAAAAUCUGUAAUAUUAAUCUUUACUCAC